GGCUGGGCUGCAGCAGAGCCACUCCACUUUAAACAUGUCAGCACAAUUCGGCUUUUUGAGGAUCACUGAACUGCGGCGUCUUCUGCAGGAUGAAGAGAAAUGCAACGCAAUAAUCCGAUAUAGCGAAAAGUUUCAGAGUCUGAAGAGCGCCAUUGAGAACAUUUUGGUUUCCAAUCAUAGAUUGGCAAAAGCCAGUCUUUUUCAUAAACCAGCCUUUAGAGAUACAAAGAGGCUGCUUGCAAUGAAAUACAAGGAGUUAGAGAAGCUAAUGGGGAACAUCAGAGCAAAACUAAGUUAUCUGGAUGAAAAGUACACAGGCCUACUUCAUAUGGUUCAACUGUCCCUCGUGAAAAAUAUAUUAAGUGUAGAGCAGGAAAGUGAGGCUCUCCUACAGAGGUUUGUGGACGGGGAAACACCUGUGGGCGACUUCCUAGAAGGGUUCCUACACCUGCGGAAACUCUACCACGUCCGGCAGGUCUUGAGGAACGUAACCCGAGACACGGUCAUUGCCCGACGGACCCCUGGGAGCCCAGCGGGCGUCGGUACCACCGGAGACCCCCGGCGGUUCGUCCCCUCGCCCGCCGGGCCCCUCUCGCACCCCCGCUGCGAUCGCUUCUGCAGCCUGGCGCCGGUCUUGGUCUUACCCGCCAUCGGCCGGUCCCUCGCCCCCCUUCCCCUCGUCCAUCCGCCGUCGGGGGCCCUCGGACGCCGGGAGGCCCCGCCCCGGGGGCAGGAGAGUCCUGCCAAGUCUGCUUAA